AUGAGUUUCCGAAGCAAAUGGAGAGAAUAUGUGGCGGCUCUCAGUGCUACGCUGAUCACGGCGGCGGCGGGAACAACAGUGGGGUGGACCUCCCCUACAUUGCCAAUACUACUGGCGAAGGAUUCACCCAUACAGACUUCCGCGGACCAAAGCUCAUGGAUUGCUUCACUGAUGAUACUUUGCUCAGCCGCGAGCCCCAUCCCUGCGUCGUACCUCGCAGAUAGAAUAGGCACGAAGAAGACCCUCCUGUUGGCGGCCAUCCCCUACAUCAUCGGCUGGAUAAUGGUGAUGCUGGCGGGCAACGUGCCCACGAUCUACGUGUCGCGGCUCAUCUCGGGCCUCGGCUACGGCGUCGCGUACACCGCCGCCCCUAUGUACCUCGGCGAGAUCGCGUCCGACGAAGUGCGCGGUGCAAUGGCAACACUCAUCACUGUCAUGUCUAAGUUCGGAAUCCUGUCACAGUACUGCAUCGGGCCGUACGUGUCGAUGCUUGGACUAGCGAGUUUCAAUAUCGCGAUCCCAAUACUGUUCGUUGUAACGUUCAGCGCGAUGCCCGAAUCGCCUUACUACUACCUGAAAUCAGGGCAUCAGAACUUGGCCGAGAUCUCAUUGAAGAAGCUACGCGGCAAGGGAUAUAUGAGGGAAGAGCUGGAAAGCAUGACGCACUUAGUCAACGAAAAUAUGAAGGAGAAAAGUAGAUGGAAGGACCUUGUGGUAGUCGGUGGCAACAAAAAAGGCCUAAUUAUUUUAUUAGGCAUAUAUUUCACACAACAGUUCUGUGGCAGCACCGCUAUAAUAUCUUACGCUCAGCAAAUAUUCGGGGCUGCCGAAGGUGGGCUCGGUGCUAAGGAGUCCUGCAUUUUAUUCGGAACUGUACAGCUGUUAACAUCUGCAAUAUCUUCCCAGCUAGUCGAUAGAUUAGUUUAC